AUGCCCCCGUCAUCCCAGCCAGUCGAGCAGAGCAAGUCAUUCGCAAUAACUAGUGCAGCGAGCAACAUCGGCUUGGCCACAGCAAAGCUGCUUGCACGUCGCGGGGCUUUGCUCUCUCUUGCUGACUUGAGCUUACCACGGUUAGAAGCGGCUCGAUCUUCACUCGGGGGAGACAAUGAACGACACAUCAUUACCGCCGUCGACGUCAAGUCUAGCAGCGCCGUCAGUGCCUGGAUUCAGGACACAGUCAAGUGGUUUGGUGGGCUCGACGGAUGCGUGAAUGUUGCGGGCUUCUGUGGCCCGCAUAGAUACAUCGUUAUGGGAGUCAACGCUACAGGUGCUUUCAAUUGCACUCGGGCUGCUUUGUCCGUGAUGGGCGCCGGAGGGUCACUGGUCAACGUCACGAGCGCCGGUGGUCUUCAGGGGUUAGUUGGCAUGGGAGCUUAUUGCGCAAGCAAGCACGCCGUCAUCGGCUUGAGCAAGACGGCAGCCAAGGAGAUGGGUUCCAAGAACGUGAGAGUGAACUGUGUUGCUCCUAGUACAAUUGAUACGCCCAUGGUGAAGGAUAUGGAAGCGUCCAUAGGUACAAGUCUAACUGCAUCUCAUCAAGCCCUGGAUCGAAAGGCUGAUCCAUCAGAGGUUGCCAACGUAAUUGAGUUCCUCCUGAGCGACGAAGCGAGUUUCGUUACUGGUGCUGUGUAUAGUGUCGCCGGUGGCUGGAUGGCGUAA